UUCCGCUCCUCAACUUCCGCUUUGUCCAUGUGUUUACAAAAAAAAAUGUACAUCUUGUUUUGACAUUCAUCCAUACAUUAUCCGAGUUGCUUAACCUCACGAGGGUGAUAUUUGGAAUAAUUAUUUGACACAGACUCUCCGUUUAAAACAUGGGAAAGCUUAAUGUGGUGGUGUUGAGAUACUUGUCUCGAGAUGACUUUCGGGUUCUCACGGCGGUUGAGAUGGGAAUGAAGAACCACGAGAUUGUACCAGUGAGUCUCCUGUCAUCCAUUGCCAGCCUCAAACACGGUGGCUGCAACAAGAUCCUCCGAGAGCUGGUCAAACAUAAACUUGUGGCCUACGAACGCACAAAGACUGUACAAGGCUACAGAUUGAACUUCGGAGGAUAUGACUACUUAGCCCUCAAGACCUUGUCUUCCAGAGAUGUUAUUGCUUCAGUUGGAAACCAAAUGGGUGUUGGAAAAGAGUCAGAUAUUUAUAUUGUGGCAAAUCAAGAUGGGGAGCAGUACGCUCUGAAGCUUCACAGAUUGGGUCGCACCUCCUUCAGAAACCUCAAGAAUAAGAGAGAUUACCAUAAACACAGGAAGAACAUGUCCUGGCUCUAUCUCUCCCGCCUCUCUGCCAUGAAGGAAUUUGCCUACAUGAAGGCACUCUAUGACCGAGGCUUCCCCGUACCCAAGCCGGUGGACUACAACAGACAUGCGGUCGUAAUGGAGCUCAUCAAUGGAUAUCCACUGUGUCAGGUGCAUGAGCUGCAAGAUCCACCCGCCCUGUACAGCGAGUUUAUGGAGCUCAUCGUCAAACUGGCCAACCACGGCCUGAUUCAUGGAGAUUUCAACGAGUUCAACCUGAUGCUAGAUGACCAGGACCACAUCACGAUGAUUGACUUCCCUCAGAUGGUAUCCACCUCACACCCGAAUGCUGAAUGGUAUUUUGAUCGAGAUGUCAAAUGCAUACGAGAUUUCUUUGCAAAACGCUAUAGUUACGAGAGCGAGCUGUUCCCAACUUUCAACGAUAUCAGACGCUCGUGUUCUCUCGACGUUGAGGUCUCAGCAAGUGGUUUCACCAAAGAUCUGCAGGAAGAUGCCGCGGUGUUCCAUCCGGCUGGACCUGAGGGAGAGCAAGACGAUGAUGACGAGGAGAGCGACAAAGAGGAGACAGGCGAGGACGUUGAAACCGAAGAGCCAAGUGUGGAUGUGACUGACUACAAGAAUGCACUUCUGGAACUCGAGGGCCUGAAGGUCACCGACACAAAUGGCGACAUACGGGAGGAAGCGAAGAGUGAAAAAGAAGAGGGGGAGAGUGACAAAAAAGAAGAGGAGGAGGAGAGAAAUCCCGAGGCUAGAUGCAUUGACAAGACUAUGAAUGACCUGGAAGAAGAGCUGCAGGACGAGUUCCCUGAACUGGCAGACCUUUCUGCAUCAAACAAAGAGUUCAUACCUUUCAGAGACUCUGAAAGCCUUCUACAGAUGACAGAACACAGGAGGAGGAGGACAGACAGUGAGGCUACAACGGGCAGCAUAGGAAGCUGCUCAACCAUCCCAUCCGACGUGGUCCGUCAGAAGGUGCGCAGACAGCUCACCAAACAACAAAAGGCGGCGCAGAGGAGACGUCUGCAGAAGGGGGAAGCCAACUUGGUGACGAAAUCUAGACGAGAGAACGAAAGCAACAUUCAGUCUAGUUUGGAGAGCGCCACUUUUUGGGGUUGAAUGCUCGUCUGGUACUCGUCUGUCUAAAGAAGCUUAACAAACUGGAUCGGACCAGUCACGUCCCAUUCAGUCCAGAUAUGGGAUGUAUCUUCCCCAGUUUGCUCAACUGUCAGCAUACAAUUCCAUGAAAAUAUGGACUACUCCAAAGAGGUUGUGUCAUCAGCAAUAUUGCCAUUCAAACAAUUCCUUCAUGUGUCUUUCUUUUUAAAACAACAAUGGAGGGAAAUAUGUUCAUGUAAUAUUGAAAAUUGUUUUUUUUUUUCAUGUUGAUUUCUAUUGCAUGUCUGGAAUUUAAUAUGGGUGCAAGCAAAUCAACUGCUUUAGCUUGUAUUUGAGUCAAAUCAUGAAUGACAACACAAAGCGAAAUAAAUUCCAGUUGAAGU